UGUAGCAGUCUGGAGAUUCCCCGGUUUGCCUGUGUAAAAUUCUAACCAAAAUUCUAUAAUUGUACACUUAGGCAACCGGUGUGGUUUGUUGAACUGCUUGCUGAGUUCGAAUGCUUUACUUGCUCAUCGCCAUUUUUUGCUUGGCGCUCGCUUCGGUUGCAACGCGCGACUGCUCUGUGUGCUGUGCUUGAUCCGUUCCCCUAGCUAGAGCGUCCACGGUGUCGUUCAUUUAUAGCUAGCUAACAGGGAAUCUUUUGCUGAACCAAUAAAAGUUUCCCUGCAACUCGAUCCGUCUUCUCGAAUCGCUCUCUGGGCUCACGGAAUAGGCAACCCUCUAAAUUGGUGACCCCGAAUCCGGAUCAAUCCCAACGCCGGAUAUUUCGAACUUUUCUCCAGUGAGCUCGUUCCAUUUGUUUUUCAUAUUUUCCGGUUUUAUUUUUGCAUACGGUAGCCUAUUUUUUCGCGUCAUUUUUUCAAAUCAUGGAAUCUGUAGACCAUAAGGUAGAGUCUAUGCUUAGUGUUGUAUCUCUCUCAGUUCCACCUUUUUGGGACAUGGAUCCUGUUUUGUGGUUCGCUCUUCUUGAGGCUGAGUUUUAUAACCACAGAAUCACUUCCGACUAUGCGAAGUACUGCAAGCUCCUGUCCUAUCUCCCCAAGGAGAUAUCAAUGCAGGUUCGUGACGUCAUCAUUUCUCAGACCGAUAACCGCUAUGAGGCUCUCAAAGAGGCCACGAUUAAGCGUGUUAUGCCCUCUGAGAAAGUUCGCCUGCAGCAGCUUUUCAGGGAUCUGCAGCUGGGCGACAAACUGCCCUCAACACUGCUGCGAGAGAUGCAGCAACUCCUUGGUUCAUCAACCAUGGACGAGACUUUACUUCGCGAACUAUGGCUACAGCGGCUACCGGAAAACACACAAGCGAUUCUCGCUACAGUGAGCUCCGUUCCGCUCACUCAACUAGCAGAAUUAGCGGAUCGAGUUAUUGAACGAUCACAGCCACAGGCCAACGCCAGCAAGGUCCAUGCCGUCGCGUCCCAGGGCAAUUCUAUCACUGGCUUACAGUCAACCAUAGAAGCCCUGCAAGCACAAGUCGCGACACUUAGUCGCCAGGUCCAGCAGCUUACUAUGGACCGUCGUCGUCAUAGCCGAUCCAAAUCGCCCUGCAAACUUUCUAACUCUAACAACAGGCAAGCUAGCUGUUGGUACCACCAGCGUUUUGGUACUGCAGCUCGUAAAUGUAUCAAACCUUGCAGCUUCGCCAAGAAGCAGGGAAACCUCGGCCGGUCGGUAACGGCGACGGACGCGCCUGGCCAACACCAAGGUCGCCUCAUCCGUGUUAGGGAUUUAACUUCCGGCACCGAGUUUCUAGUAGACUCUGGUGCCGAAGUUAGCGUUAUACCCCGUAGCUCAGAUGAGGUCGUCUCACCAUCGCCGACCAAGCUGCGUGCCGCCAAUGGCACACCAAUCGCAACUUUCGGCGAAAAGCUGCUAACGCUCAACCUAGGCCUCCGGCGAACCUUUCGCUGGCCUUUCAUAAUCGCUGCCGUGCCUUUCGCCAUCAUAGGCAUAGACUUUCUCCAACGCUUCGACCUCAUCGUCGACGCUAAAAGGAAGAAGCUUAUCGACUCCAGGACACAGCUCAGUAUUAUCGGGACCGGCGCCAACGUGGCUGCUAUCACUCCCAUUCGUGUACUACCCCAAGCUUCACAGCCUUUUCUAGAACUUUUCACCAAGCACCCUAAACUCGUUCGCGUCCUGAACGAGUUGCCUCCUGUGACGUCAAACGUCACGCAUCACAUCUGCACUAAGGGCCCACCUGUUUCGGCCCGCCCUUGCCG